GUAUAUUUUAAAUGGCAUUCUGAGAUUAAGGUAUAACAUUGUAGACUUAGCGAGUUUAAACCAGUACCUUGUAUCGUUUGAAGUCUCUAUGUGCUGGGAGAGCUACAAAAAUUGUGAUUGGCAGGUGAUGAUAUUGGACAAUGCAGUAUUACCAAAAGGGAUACAAAACAGACAUAUGGGUUAUGCAUUAAAAGGAUAUUCGUUGACAUCCUGGGGCAUUAGCAAUAGUGUUGACAUACAAAACCUAAAUAACUUUGAAAAGUCACUUUUGUACAAUGACCUAGAUAUUGGAUGGUAUUUUUCUUUGAAAUGCAAAGGAGGAGAAAAAAAGUUGUCUGAUGAGACCAAUAGUUCAGGUUGUAGCGACAAUGUAUUGGCUGAACAUAUUCCUUGUCAGUUUAUACAUACAUGUACGGAGAUUCAGUGCUGUAUACCAGUACCAGUCCUACAAAGAUCAUUCUAUUUUAGCCUAAAUCUGGACGUUUGUAACUAUAAUUUAACAGUCUACAUAGAAAAUUUGGUGUACCAUCAGAUGUUGUAUGAUUAUGAAUGGGGUACAGAGGACAGUUUCUGGUUGAAAGGUUUAUUCAGAAUUAGGUUCAAGAUAUAUAACCUUAGGCAUGCAAUGAAAGUUAGGAUGACUUUAUAUAUAGAUAUUUGCUUGGAGGGAACCCCAAACUGUGCAAUAUCAUAUUUAAUCUUGAAUCAUACUGAUCUUCUUAAAGCUGUUUGUAGUUGGAAGCAAUCAUACUUGAGGUCUGAAAGCAGAACUCAAGAUUUGAAACAGAUGUUAGUCAUGAUAAAGGAUGGACCUCUGGCUGAUUAUCAAGUUUAUAAGUUACUGGAGGAAAGUAACAUUGGAUACCAUCUAAGCAAAGAUGAAUGUAAAAUACCUCAAACUAUGUACAAAUGGAAUAAUGCUUGUCCACAUUACCUUCAAUUAGGUGUUCUGGAUGGUCCAAUAUUUUGUUGGAUCAGCACAGAAUGUACUUCAAUAAUAUGUUGUGUCCAUGACGAUGUUACACAACACAAUUAUCAGAUGAAUUUACAUAUCAGUCCAUGUGAUCGACAUCUUGAACUUGGAAUAGAACAGUACAGAUUUAACCAAUCACUUCUAGAUUUCAACUAUGGUUAUACAUAUGCUGUACACUUGGGAGGAAUUUUCAAAAUUAGUGUGGUUAUUGAUGACUUGGUUAAAACAGAAAGCUUUAUAGUGAACAUGAACAUUAGUAUUUGUUGGAGUUAUAAUGAAGAAUGUGAUUAUAGUGUGAAGAUAUUAGAUGAUUUAGAAUUGCCUAAAUUUAGUUGUGAUAUGGCUAGGGAUUAUCAAACAAAAGGAAUAUGA